AUGCAAGGUUCCGGGUUCACGUACAGAAACUUGCCGGAGCCUCCGUCAGAAGAGACAUCCCCCGUCCCCGCCUCCAUUCCGCUGCCAGAUCUGGUUGGUCUGUUACGGCUCUCUCAUCCAAUAAUAGAUCUUCCGGUACUCCCCCCUCCCGUCACGUUCUCCAGGUCCUAUGCUCCACAGUGCUAUGACAAAAACCCGGAGCUAAAAUCCAUGAUCCUGGAACUCUAUAACGGAGAAGACCGAUGUCGUCGAGAGUUAGGGGAGAGUCUUCUAGAAAGCCUCGAAGCUCUGAGAGACGCGAAGCUACCCUGCUCAUCUUCGCUUCCGGACGAGGGUGUGCGGCAGGUUCUUCUCCAGUACCGCCAAUGUUUGGUUAAAAAACGUGACUUUCUUUGGCAUAACAUCUAUUGCACCUUGAUGGCACCAAAGGUGCAUUGGAAAGGGGUUACAGGGUUUAUUUUGUGGCCAGAAGUAACAGUAUAUUCAAUUCUGUCAUUGCUUGCUGGGGGACGGUGGGAACUGGUCCCUGAGGAAUGGAAACCCAUUCUAUUACUAUUAGGGCAGAUUAUUGCUGCGUUGCAACGAAGUGAACGUCUUCUUAUGCAUUACGAUCAACACAACGCGAAUGAUUUUUUCAAAGAAGCUGAAAGCAAACCUGGUGAUGGCUGGAAUCCGAAAACACACCCUGAUUGGCUUCUUUUUGAGAUCCAGAAUAAGCUCACCAUUCGAGAAGCGCAGGUUAAGGUUGCGAUGCAAGAAAUCGAUCCCGAUACCUCCGGCAACGCGGUGCUUCAACUGAACAUGGGGGAAGGAAAGACGUCGGUUAUCACCCCGCUUGUCGUCUUGGCGCUUGCUCGCAGUGGCCAACUCCCACGCGUUAUAGUCUUGAAGCCUCUGCUACGACAGAGCGUGAAUCUUCUGACCCAGCUUGGUAGCAUGCUGAACCGACCGGUAUAUCAUGUUCCAUUCUCCAGGGAUACCCCAUUAGACGAAGCUCUCAUGGAAGGACUGGAGGGGAUUUUUCGAGAAUGCCAGGCACGCCAGGGAAUCUUGAUUACGUUGCCUGAACAUAUUCUAUCAUUUCGACUGGUAGGGCAGGACUUGGCCAGCAGAGGGUUGAGUCUCGCCGAAAGGGCUAUAAAGUUGGAAACAUGGUUACAACAAACGUGCCGAAAUGUCAUUGACGAAAGUGAUGAGGUGCUUGAUCCCAAAUUUCAGCUGAUAUACACGGUGGGACACCAACAGACAAUGGAUGGUCACAGCGACCGGUGGGAGGUUACCCAGGCCUUGCUUGAUCUCGUAGAGCAACAGGCAAUGGAACUACAGCGAGAUGAUCCCACUUGCAUCGCCAUUGCACAUCACGGCGUCCGAUAUCCAAUAUACCAUUUCUUGAAGACUGAGGCGCUGGACAUACUCAUCCAGAAAGUUGCCAUAUCCGUGGAACGAGAUGGUCUGCCCAAUAUCCCUUUCACACAGUGGACCAGGCAGUUGCGGCGGAGUGCCAUUCAAUUUAUUCGAUUUGCUGAUGUCGCACCUCGGGAUGAGAACGUGGUCCGCAAGACACUCGCGCACGGCAUGUACCUGCGCAAGCUACUCGUCCUCCGUGGCCUGCUUGCGCACCAGAUCCUCCGAUUUGUCCUCGGAGGGAAAAGAUGGUUGGUGGAGUAUGGACUCCAUCCCUCCCGCACCUUAAUGGCCGUCCCGUUUCGGGCUAAGGGGAUUCCAUCGGAUAAUGCGGAAUUCGGCCAUCCAGAUGUAGCAGUCAGUCUAACGUGUCUAAGCUAUUACUACCACGGUCUCACCCGGGAGCAGGUGCGGCAUUGCUUCCAGCUUCUAACGAAAGAGAACGAUCCUUCAGUGGUGUAUUGUCACUGGGUUAUGAGAGGGUCUUCUUCCCUUCCCCCAGGGCUGAAAGAAAUAACGGGCGUCAACCUUGAGGAUGCUCGGUGUUUUGACGAAAGUCUCUAUCCUCACCUGCAGUAUCAGAAGGGGAUUAUAGAUUUCUACCUCUCCCGUGUGGUGUUCCCAAGGGAGGCCAAAGAAUUUCCCUACAAGCUGUCCACAUCCGCAUGGGAUCUCCCUUCUCGGGACGGCCAGCCUCUCACCACUGGCUUCAGUGGAACAAAUGACAAUAGGUCCCUCCUUCCGCAGUCUGUGCCCCAGUGUGAUCUGCCCCACCUUCUCCACACCAAUGCCAUGGUUUUAAGGGGGCUUUUGCAGCCGGAAAAUCGCCAUUGCACCAUUGCUCAAGACGAUCAAGGACGGCCCCUCGAUGCAUAUCGGCUCAUAGACCUUAUUAUUGCCCAGGAACCCCCCAUCCGUGUCAUAAUAGAUGUUGGUGCACAAGUAUUGGAGUUCAGCAACCUUUCCGUUGCGCAAUAUUGGCUGUCCAAGACUCCAGAGGCGGACGGCGCGUUAUUCUUCGAUGAGAAAGACGAAGCGAUCGUGAUCGAUCGCCAAGGACACACUGAGCGAUUGUUGGCAUCACCAUUUCGCUAUAGGAUGGAAUCAUGUCUGGUCUUCUUAGAUCAGCAACAUGCUCGUGGAGUAGAUCUUAAAUUACCCCGAACGUAUCGUGCAGCCGUCACACUCGGCCCACGGCUCACCAAGGAUCGACUCGUCCAGGCAUGUAGCAGAAUGCGAGGCCUAGGAAAUGGCCAGUCGGUGAUGUUUAUCUGCCCACCAGACGUCAGUCAUGAUAUAGGGGUAGAUGUCCACCACAUGACUUCAGCCGAUGUGAUUAGGUGGGCGCUCGGGCAGACCUGCGCUUCCUUGAAGAACUUAAGCCCACUGUGGGCAUCACAAGGGCUACAGUACUAUAAACGCCUUAGGCUGUGGAAUGAUUUGGUAAAGAGUGAAAGUCUGGAAGAGGUUGCCCAGCACAUUCAGGAACCAGAAGCACGCACGCUGUCCGAGCUUUACGCUCCGUGGGACCCUGCUCGCUUCUCGAUGAGCAGUCCUGGCCACGAUCAGAGCGAUGACAUGGUCCGAGAGCUUAUUCGAGUGAGUGGUGAUAUGAAUUGCUACGCUGGGCUGCAUGAAGAACAGGAGAGACAGAUCUCGCAUGAAGUACAGAGGGAACAACAAGUCUGCCGACCACAAGCCGUCGCGCCUGUACAGCACCGUCUCUAUAAGGAUAUCUACCACUUCGCACAGCAUGGGGUCUUUCCAAACGGUAGUUCCUCGAACCAUAUCCAACCUGCGUUUGAGGACCUGCAUAAAACCUCCGCUGGGAAAUAUGAUUUACCUCCAGAUAUGGCCCCACAUCUAUACGCAACAAGUGAUUUUAUCCGGACUAUCGAACAAGAGGGUAACAAUCUGGCCGAUGACUUUCUGAAGCCGGUUCAUUGGGUGCUUUCUAGCGUCGACGAUUCUAAAAUCCUCCUCCUCAGCCAGUACGAAGCAGAUAAGCUCAUUCCCGUGGUGUGCCAUUUAAAACGCACAACACUGCAUGUUUACACCCCGAGAACCAGCAGAUGGAUGCAGUCGUUUGAGGAUCUCCGCUUUCUUUGCACUGGUAGGGUGAAAGAGGAAGAUCAUGUGACCCAUAACAGGUUUCACGGGCUGGGGUUGUUUGCUGGGAGUUUGUAUUUUGGGACCUUAAAAGAUUACGAGGAUUUCCGCCAUUUCCUCGGGCUGGUUACAACCCGUACGCCUGAUUGCGAAUCGACUAAUGACGGUUUUGUUGACGAGCGAAAGAGGGAAGAAUACCCAUGGCCCUUGCAUUCGCCAUUCCAAUCCAACCCCUUGCCUUUCCUAGGUGCACUUUGUGAUGUUCGAAGUAAAGGCCAUGGGUACCUUCAAACACAUGUGGGUAUGAUCCUUGGAGCCAGACCAUUAAGUGUGCGUCAUUUUUAG